AUGGCCCCUGGAUCUGUCGGCGCUCCCGUUAUUGCCAAACCCCGAGGCGGCUUGGGCAUACACGACCCAGAUAACCCCGGACACCCUUCGAGCGAUGGCCACCGCGCAGCAGCUCUCGCCGCGCUCGGCGGUAGAGACUCCGAUCCCACAAGCCCGACCUCUCCCGGCUCUUACCGCCCACAGUCUCCAUUCGGCGGUCAUGGUUCUGGCCACGGCUCCGGCCACGGCUCCGGUCAUGGCUCUGGUGGCUACGCAUCGCCUGGGUACCAAUCACCCGGAGCUGGCUAUACCUCCCCCGACAUGAACCCUGCCGGUCUCCUCCGACCUGGCGGCCCCCUCGCCGAACAACGCCCGAACAUGAAGCAGCGCGAUUCACUCUUCCUAGGCGCUACUAACGAGCCGCCGACUCGAUCUGGCACCAUGGUCUCGACCGAUUACGCCUUUAAUCCCGACCAGCAAGGACACUACAUGGACCAGCACGGGCAGAACCCAUACGAUAGCCGGACGGGCACGAUGCUCGACUCGACUGGAUACUUCUCUGGCUUCACUGGCGGACAGAACUUCGAGCAAGGACAGGGUUAUGAUCAACAGGGUUACGACCAGAAUGGCCAAGAAGAAUACGGCGGAGGACACAGAUACUCGUCAGGAGAGGCUUUCUCGCCAACGGCCGCCAUGGCGCCGCCUAUGCUCACAGCAAACGACUUGCCCCCGCCAGAAGUGCUCGAGUACCAGAUGCCACUGGAGCCCCGCGACCUUCCGUUUGCGAUUUCCGACCCGCACGACAGCAACACCCCCAUGUCCAAGUUCGAUAAUAUCGCCGCAGUCUUGAGACACAGGGGAAAGACGAUGGCAAAGCUGCCCGCGUACUGGGUGCUGGACAGCAAGGGCAAAGAAAUUGCCUCCAUUACGUGGGACAAACUUGCGUCAAGAGCCGAGAAGGUGGCACAGGUCAUUCGGGACAAGAGCUCGCUGUAUCGCGGCGAUCGCGUUGCCCUGAUUUACCGCGACACUGAAGUCAUUGACUUUGCUAUUGCUCUGCUCGGUUGCUUCAUUGCCGGCGUCGUCGCCGUGCCGAUCAAUGACUUGCAAGACUAUCAGAAGCUAAACCUGAUCCUCACCUCGACGCAGGCACAUUUGGCGCUCACGACCGACAACAACCUCAAGGCCUUCCAGCGCGACAUAACAACACAGAAGCUUAAUUGGCCCAAGGGUGUAGAAUGGUGGAAGACGAACGAGUUUGGCAGUUUCCACCCCAAGCGCAAAGACGAUGUCCCGCCUUUGACGGUACCAGACUUGGCAUAUAUCGAGUUCUCGCGGGCGCCCACGGGUGAUCUGCGAGGCGUGGUCCUGAGUCACAGGACAGUCAUGCACCAGAUGGCUUGUUUGAGUGCCGUCGUUACGACAGUGCCAGGAAACGGACCUGGUGAUACCUUUAGUCGAACCUUGCGUGAUAAGAACGGCCGGCUCAUCGGUGCUGGAGCGACCAGCGAGACGCUUCUCUCAUACCUGGAUCCUCGACAGGGUAUAGGCAUGAUUCUGGGUGUCCUUCUCACCGUUUACGGAGGUCACACGACUGUUUGGGUUGAGAACAAGGCCGUCGAAGUACCGGGUCUCUACGCUCAUCUCAUCACGAAGUACAAGGCCACACUCAUGAUUGCCGACUAUCCCGGCCUGAAGCGUGCCGCCUACAACUACCAGUCAGAUCCUAUGACGACACGAAAUUUCAAAAAGGGCAUGGAGCCCAACUUCCAGACGGUCAAACUGUGUUUGAUCGAUACCCUCACGGUUGACGGUGAAUUCCACGAAGUAUUGGCAGACAGAUGGCUGAGGCCACUGCGAAACCCGCGAGCUCGCGAGGUAGUCGCGCCAAUGUUGUGCCUGCCUGAGCAUGGUGGCAUGGUGAUCAGUAUUCGUGACUGGCUAGGAGGCGAAGAGCGGAUGGGCUGCCCAUUGAAGCUGGACAUGGGGUCCGACAUUGACUCCGACGAGGAAGAGAAGGAAGAGGUGAAGCUUGCACCCUCAAAUGGCUUCGGCAGUCUCUUGGGAGGCGGCGGCACCACCACCACAGAGCAGCGCGCUAAGAACGAACUGAGUGAGGUGCUCCUCGACAGAGAAGCGUUGAAGACGAAUGAAGUUGUGGUAGUAGCAAUCGGAGACGAAGCGCGAAAACGAGCUGCUACCGAACAGGGUACUGUUCGCAUUGGUGCUUUUGGAUACCCUAUACCCGAUGCCACCCUCGCGGUCGUCGAUCCGGAAACCGGCUUGUUGGCAUCACCACAUUCCGUUGGAGAAAUCUGGGUGGACUCGCCAUCACUAUCAGGAGGCUUUUGGGCUCUGCCAAAACACACGGAGCAAAUAUUCCACGCUCGACCUUACAAGUUUGAUCCCGGCGAACCAACGCCCACUGUUGUAGAACCCGAGUUCUUGAGGACUGGCCUGCUGGGCACGGUCAUCGAAGGCAAGCUCUUUGUGCUUGGCCUUUACGAAGAUCGCAUUCGUCAAAAGGUCGAAUGGGUCGAGCAUGGCACCGAGGUAGCGGAGUACCGGUACUUCUUUGUUCAGCACCUCGUUGUCAGCAUCGUCAAGAAUGUGCCCAAGAUUUACGACUGCUCUGCGUUUGACGUGUUUGUCAACGAGGAGCAUCUACCCAUUGUUGUCUUGGAAUCACCAGCUGCAUCCACAGCGCCUCUGACUUCAGGCGGGCCGCCCAGGCAACUCGAUACUGCACUGCUCGACUCCCUCGCCGAGAGAUGUAUGGACGUAUUGAUGCAAGAACACCACUUGAGGCUCUACUGCGUCAUGAUCACAGCACCAAACUCUCUGCCCAGAGUAGUCAAGAACGGACGUAGGGACAUCGGGAAUAUGCUUUGCAGAAGAGAAUUUGACCUGGGCAACCUGCCCUGUGUUCACGUCAAGUUUGGUGUUGAGCACGCAGUACUCAACCUCCCCAUCGGAGUUGAUCCUAUCGGAGGCAUUUGGUCUCCCAUUUCAUCUGAUUCGCGUGCUGGGAUUCUCAUGUCAUCCGACAAGCAAUACUCGGGUAUCGACCGAAGAGAAGUUGUCAUUGACGAUCGCACCUCAACGCCGCUGAACAACUUCUCUUGCAUUACUGACCUGAUUCAAUGGCGCGUUGCCCGUCAGCCCGAGGAACUGGCAUACUGCACCAUUGAUGGUCGUGGCAGAGAAGGCAAGGGCGUGACUUGGAAGAAGUUCGAUACCAAGGUUGCGGCCGUGGCACUGUACUUGAAGAACAAGGUCAAGAUUCGCCCUGGCGACCACUUGAUUCUGAUGUACACGCACUCAGAGGAGUUUGUCUACGCCGUCCAUGCCUGCAUCAACCUGGGCGCGGUCGUCAUUCCGUUGGCCCCUCUGGAUCAGAACCGCCUUAACGAGGACGUGCCGGCAUUCUUGCAUGUCGUCGCCGACUUCCGUGUCAAGGCUAUCCUGAUCAAUCACGAAGUUGAUCACUUGGUCAAGCUGAAGCUGGUUUCCAACCACGUCAAGCAAGCCGCUUCAAUUCUCAAGAUUGGUGUGCCGAAUUACUUCAAUACCACCAAGCCGCCAAAGCAAAGCAGUGGCCUGCGCGAUAAUGGCAUCACCAUGCAGCCCGCCUGGAUCCAGACUGGAUACCCUGUAAUCAUCUGGACCUACUGGACGCCCGACCAGCGCCGUAUUGCGGUUCAGCUUGGACACGACACCAUCCUGGGCAUGUGCAAGGUCCAGAAGGAGACUUGCCAAAUGACGAGUUCCCGCCCCGUGCUGGGAUGCGUGCGUAGCACCACUGGUCUGGGUUUCAUUCACUCAUGCUUGAUGGGCAUCUAUAUUGGCACCCCCACAUAUCUCCUCUCGCCAGUCGAGUUUGCGCAAAACCCAAUGUCGCUGUUUGUGACUCUUUCUAGGUACAAGAUCAAGGACACCUAUGCGACGCCACAAAUGUUGGAUCACGCCAUGGCCACGAUGCAGGGCAAGGGAUUCACGCUCCACGAGCUCAAGAAUAUGAUGAUCUCGGCCGAGAGCAGGCCACGAGUGGACGUGUUCCAGAAGGUACGGCUUCAUUUCGCGGCUACUGGCCUCGACCGAACCGCCAUCAACACUGUCUACUCUCACGUGCUCAACCCCAUGGUCGCGUCGAGGUCUUACAUGUGCAUCGAGCCUAUUGAGCUCUGGCUAGACACAAAGGCACUGCGCCGCGGUCUGAUCUACCCCGUAGAUCCCGAGCAGGAUCCUAAAGCGCUUCUGCUCCAGGACUCCGGUAUGGUGCCUGUCUCUACACAGAUCGCUAUUGUGAACCCCGAGAGCCGACUGCUCUGCCACGAUGGCGAGUACGGAGAGAUUUGGGUCGACUCGGAGGCUUGUGUCAAGGCAUUCUACGGCUCAAAGGAUGUGUUUGACGCCGAGCGAUUCGAUGGUCGCACCGUAGAUGGUGAUCCCAGCAUCCAGUACGUUCGCACGGGCGACUUGGGUUUCUUGCAUAACGUCAGCAGGCCUAUCGGCCCUGGAGGCGCUCAGGUAGAUAUGCAGGUCUUGUUCGUUCUCGGCAACAUUGGAGAGACGUUUGAGAUCAACGGUCUCAGCCACUUCCCCAUGGACAUCGAGGCCUCUGUGGAACGGUGCCACCGCAACAUCGUGACUGGUGGAUGCGCCGUCUUCCAAGCCGGUGGUCUUGUCGUUCUACUAGCGGAGAUUACUCGAAAGGCUUACCUCGGUUCCGUCGUGCCAGUCAUUGUCAACGCGAUCCUCAACGAACACCAGAUCAUUGUCGAUAUUGUCGCAUUCGUUAACAAGGGCGACUUCCCACGAUCGCGUCUCGGCGAGAAGCAGCGCGGCAAGAUCUUGGCCGGCUGGGUCACCCGUAAGAUGCGUACCCUAGCACAAUUCGCCAUUCGAGACAUGGACCCCAACAGCAUUGUUGGUGGCGACCCUGGUGCAGAUGGACCCGAUCCUCAUAGGGCCUCUGUUAGUAGCCAGAGGAGCAUGACCAUGAGCGGCUUGGCCCCUGGCUCUUCGAGCCUGCGCAACGUCGAACACGCACCGCAAAUUCUGGAGCAGGAAGAAUUCGAGCAUCAGGUCGGACAGAUGGCAGCUCUUCCCCAACAGAGCCAAGACGGCAUUGCAGAGAUGCCCGGUGACGAGGGCCCUGCAUUCGCGCAGCAAGCGUACGCGCCGCCGGGCCACGGCUACGUCUUGCCAGAUUUUGAUUCGUUUGGUCGCGAAGACGGCGGUCCCCCACCUGUAGGUGCCAAGCCGGGCCAGACCCCGCCGACGAUCCACCUCCCCGGAGUCGACGGCCGAGAGAGCAUGGAUUUGUGGAAGAAUCAGCAAGGCGGCGGUAGCCAGGGCGACGAGAAUUGGACAGCCCAAGCCCUCAUGCACAUGAACCUUGCCAACGACCUGGAGAGAAAACAGGGCCAGCAGCAUUGA